CAUAAUUUGGACCGUUUGCGGAUUAACCUGUGAACGAAAACAAUAGGGUAAACUGAGUUGUACAUCUCUCUGUUGACAAGGAGUAAUGGCUUCUAGAGGCCGAUUGCCGAAGCGUGUCGCGGAAGCCGACAGGACCCCGUCAGAAACUCCUAAAUCAUUAUCUUCCGGCAGUGUCCAGUCUGAUUUUGAGAAAAUGUCGCUCGAUAGUAUGCAAUCCGGCACGAGGCCUAAAGGAUCAACAGUCGAUACAGGUGACGAUUGGUACGUUCCUAAACCUGAUGACCACUAUGUACGGGCCGCUAAUGAAGAAAGAUCACAAAAUGCUGAUAACACUUCUUACGCUCCUGACCAUGAUGGCGGAUGUGAUUACGUUAACCCGAGGGGUGCGAUGUAUCAAAGUUCGUCGAGGAACAGCUACGAUCGAUACUACGAUACCGAUAAAAUGGAAAAACCGACAUCAAGAGAAGAUAGAGGAAGACCCACAAAAGAGCUAACGAAGAGUUAUGGAGGCGGCGGUUAUAACAGAAACGCGGAAAAUCGUCAAUACCCUUCUGUGCAACGUUGCGAAAAUUGCGAAGGCAAAGGUCAUGACGCUUCGCAAUGUCCUUCAGCGCCGAUGCAGCAACAUAUGAAUUUUCCAGCACCUUCAAACCGAUUUUACGAUAGUUCGCGUAAUUACCAUGGUGAAUCGAGGUCACGUGACGAUUCUAGCUGGGGCAGAUAUGGCUCCAGUUCAGGACAAUUUCAAAAUGAUCGUUACGAAAACAGAAAUGUUUAUCAACGAGACAACGAUGGCAGGUACCAUGGAAAUGACGAUUACAGACAAGCUAAACAUGACCACGGGGAGGAGAAUGCGUUGAACGUACAUCGGAGCAAUCAAGAAGGUCGCUUCUCAUCUCAGUUCCAGGAAAGAAUGGGUACGAACGACGAGAAUGCCCAAGCAAAACCGUACCGGAAGAAAAUUGAGGUGAAUGAAGCUAGUGCAAUAAGCCGAAAUCGAACGGGCACUAAUUUUAGCCGGUACGAGAAUAUUCAAGUCAAAGUGUUGGACCGAAACGGGAAGCCGGACCCUUCUUUUGAAAAGUUGAAACUGCGCUCAUUUGAAGAUGCUAAACUUGACCGCGAAUUGCUAAGCGUACUUCAAGCGAUGGACUUCAAGACGCCGACACCCGUGCAGAAGUAUGCCAUCCCAAUCAUCUUAGCCAACAAGGACAUUAUGGCAUGUGCUCAAACGGGUUCAGGGAAGACCGCAGCCUUCGUAUUGCCGUUGAUGCAGAUUAUCUUGCAGGAAAACCCGGAAAUACGUGAAGGCCCUCAGUCCCCAUUAGCAUUAAUUUUGGCGCCCACUCGGGAACUCGUGUGUCAGAUUACCGUAGACGCGAAACGGUAUGGGAUUCGCACGAAAAUACAGGUGAAGGAAUGUUAUGGAGGGACACACAUUGGCACCCAGAUUAGUAAUAUACGGGAAGGUUGCCAUAUACUCGUGGGUACUACAGGCCGUGUCAAAGAUUUCCUGAACAGGCGUGUAAUCAGUUUAGAGCGACUCAGAUUUCUCGUUUUCGACGAAGCUGAUCGUAUGUUAGACAUGGGGUUCUUAAAUGACAUCAAUACAAUUGGCAAUUAUUUUAAGUUAAAUAAUAUGAAGCCACAAACUCUCAUGUUUUCGGCAACUUUCAAACCAGACGUUCAAAACAUGGCAAAACAAUUUCUAGCUGAUGAUUACAUAAAACUUGAAGUCGGGUUAGUUGGUGGAGCUAAUGAAGACGUAAUUCAAGUUAUCGAAGCGAUUUCAGGCGUGGGCCAAAAGAAAGACCGUGUUCUUGAAAUCAUUCGAGCCGACCUCGCAGAAAAUCCUCUAGCAAAAAUCUUAGUCUUUAUUGAAACUAAAAGGUCCGCAGACUUCCUCGCAGCGUAUCUUUCGGAGAUGAAUUUGAAAACGACUUCAAUCCAUGGGAAUCGCUACCAAGGGCAGCGAGAACAGGCUCUUAUGGACUUUCAGUCGGGAGAUUGCGCCAUAUUGGUCGCCACGUCGGUCGCAGCUCGUGGACUGGAUAUUAGUGGUGUAACUCACGUAGUGAACUUCGAUAUGCCAAAAGAGGCGGAUGAAUACGUUCAUAGAGUAGGCCGGACAGGUCGUCUCGGCAAUCAAGGUCGAGCGACCGCAUUCUUUGAUUCGAGCCGUGACUUCGCAAUACAAGAACGGCUCAAGGAAAUCCUAAUGGACUGUGGUGCAGAAGUACCGGAUUUCCUGCGUUACUGAAUGUAGUGUCUUCUUUCGAUUCUGAUAUCUAUCAGUAAUUAAAAACCUGCAAUUAAUUUUGUUCCGAAAACAUCUGGGAUCUAAAGUUUUCUAAAUUAAAAAAUAGCAAUUUAUUCUUUACUGUAGAUUCUGGCUUAGUAACAAUAUGGAGUACAGAAAAAUUUCUAUCUAUACACUUCAUACAAUUUGCUAAGAAUCAGAUUUUUUUGAUUGGUUGUUCUAAUGUUAUAAACGCAUAUAUGUAUUCUUUUUCGUCGAAGUGUAUGACACGCUUGUUAUCGAGGUAAUUUUAUACUGAGUUUAUUAGACUCUUGAUAUCCUUAGAACAUGUAACAUGUGAGUCUUUUUCUUCUUAUUUGCAAUGCAGUGUCUUUUCUGUAUAUUAAAACCAGGGGAUAAACCGCUACCUAUCAUGCCGAAUAUUCAUUAACUUCAGAAAAUUUUUGUUUAUUCAGCCAUUUGAGGGCGAACCACAAGUAUCAAUCUUUGAAACUAUCUAAUAAACACCUCAAAUAUCAUUACAUUUAAUUGAAGGCUGAUCAACGCCAAAAUUCGGUGCAGGUUUAUUUUGGUUCCCAAAUCAAUAAAGGUUCUUGUUACAAAUUGUCGUCGCCAUCGAAUGCAAUGCGCUGUUUUUUUAUUUGCUUAACUAUGACUCUCUAUGAAAUUAAUAGCAACGAUGAAAAACCACACAAAAACGUUGGAAAAGUUUAGAACAGUCCGAAUUUGUUAUAGUCUUACCAUCCUUAAGAUAGUCGAUUAUAACGAGUUUUUGUAUUUUUCCAACGUGUAAUAAACACUCUAACUUCAGUCAUUGUACAAUUUUUUUGCCGAUUUCACGUUUCGUAUUCUUAUUUGAUCUAUAAACGCUGCUUUA